AUGGAUGUACAACCUCAGCACCAUGUUUCAUCACAAUUGCCAUACCAAGCCACCAAUCUACAUCAGCACACCACUGCCACCGUCCAAAUUCACCAGGCCACCACCAACUCUUGCCAGAUCCCUGCGGCUCCCUCACGUGCCACCACUGCUAGUAUCUCCCGCCAGACCACUGGAGCACCCCCACCAAGAACGAUCCAAGUGUCAGCUCUUCCAACCUUCAAAAGUGAGCUGAAACGUGCCUUAGAUGCCAAUGCAAAGGCUGUGCAAGCCCCAAGCGGCCAAGGUAGCAAAAGGCGGCAGCCAGGGCUGAUGCCAAAGCUGCAGCCAAACUAG